UCACAUAUGCCAACAAACAAGAUGGCGCCGCCCAUCUUUAUGAAACAUACUUCGUUCGUGAAGGAGCAAGUUAAGGCGGCCUUCCACAACAGCAGCGUCGUCGUGAAGGCGAUCUGCGUGGCUGUGGUCGUCGGCUACUUCGUCUCGUUCAGCAAUGCAGCCUUCGACGCGCUCAGCCUCACGCCCGCCUAUCUUAUGCCGCCCCACUUCUGGCUGUGGACGCUCGUCACGUACCCGUUCAUGGAGCUCCACUUCUGGGACGUCGUCAUCGACAUCGGCGUCGUCGGCCUCUGCGGCAAACUGCUCGAGCCGCUGUGGGGCGCGAUGGAGAUGCUCAUCUUCUUCUCGCUCAUCAACACGUGCGUCGCGCUCGCGUGCGUGCUCACCUACCUGUUCGCGUACACGUGCACGCGCGACCCGGCGUACCUGUACGACGCGCACGUGCACGGCCUCGUCGGCUACGUCGCCGCCGUCGCCGUCGCCGUGCGCCAGUUCAUGCCCGAGCACGUGCUUUCGACGACGCCGUGCGGAAAGUUCCGGAACCGACACGUUCCGGCGGCCGUGCUGGCACUCGUCGUCGUGAUGUUCCUGCUAGGGGGCCUUCGCGGCAUCUACCCAUGCAUGUUCGCCGCGGGACUCGCCGCCAGCUGGGUCUACCUGCGCUUCUACCAGCGCCACGGCAAUGGCACGCGCGGCGACAUGGCCGACGGAUUCACGUUUGCGAGCUUCUUUCCGAACGUGAUCCAGCCAGUUGUCGCCAUCUUUAGCAACUCCGUCUACUCGCUGAUGGUGAAGCUGCGCUUAUGCAAGCGUGUCGUACGCCGCUACGAUGUUGGAGCGCCCUCUAGCAUCACGAUCAGCCUUCCGGGGACCGACCCGCACGACGCCGAACGAAGGAGGCAAAAGGCGAUCAAGGCAUUGAACGAGCGUCUGCUGAAACACGACGAGGAGAGCUGGCCAAUCCUAGACGAGGGUGAGGAGACGACCCCGCCCGCCCCUGCCACGCCUGAGACCACGCCCGGAAACACCAAGCCCCCCGCACCCGCGCAGCAGACGGCGGCCGCCGCGGCGACGGCCGAGGAAGCCGCGAAGACGUAACGGUCAGCGAUUCUGGCGCUCUCUUGUUUUUUUAAACUUGUCGACAUGGCGGCUUGGCGUCUGUGCAUCGGCUAUGUUGUGUUGUGAUGGCCACGACCUGU